GCUCGGGACAUCGCGCGCCGGCUGCAGGAGUUCAUGCGGGAGUGCGUGUAUCCGGCCGAGGAGAGCGUCAUGCGCCAUGCGCAGGGCAAGGAGCGCUGGACGGUACCGGCAGAGGUGGAGGAGCUCAAGGAGGAGGCGAAGAGGAGGGGCCUCUGGAACCUCUGGAUCACGCGCGACCUUGAUCCCGGACAUGAUGGCGCGGGCUUGACCAACGUCGACUACGCGGGGCUCGCGGAGGUGCUGGGGGCGGUUCCCUUCGCAUCCGAGCUGGUCAACUGCUCGGCGCCGGACACAGGGAACAUGGAGGUGCUGCUCAAGUACGGGAGCGAAGAGCUCAAGCGCAAGUUCCUCCCCGACCUCCUCAGCGGCAAAGCAAGGAGCUGCUUCGCCAUGACUGAACCAGCCGUCGCCUCCUCCGAUGCCACCAACGUGCAGUCGACGAUCCGGAGGGAGGGCGAUCGCUACGUGCUCAACGGGAGGAAGUGGUGGACGUCAGGCGCCAUGGAUCCGCGAUGCAGCGUCAUGAUCUUCAUGGGCAAGACGGACCCGUCGGCUCCUCGUCACCAGCAGCAGUCCAUGGUUGUCGUUCCCAUGCCCUCCCCGGGACUCCGCGUCCUCCGUCCCCUCAGAGUCUUCGGCUUCGACGACGCUCCUCACGGCCAUGCGGAGGUCGAGCUCAAGGACGUCUCAGUCCCCGCCAGUCACCUCCUCCUCGGCGAGGGUCGAGGCUUCGAGAUCGCGCAGGGCAGGCUCGGGCCUGGGCGCAUCCACCACUGCAUGAGGCUCAUCGGACUCGCUGAACGUUCGCUGGCGCUCAUGUGCAAGCGAGCCAAGCAACGAGUCGCCUUCGGGAAGAAGCUGGAGGAACAAGGGACCAUCAGGGCUGACAUCGCUCGCGCUAGGCUCAUGAUCAACCAGACUCGACUCCUCUGCCUCGACGCCGCUCGUGCCAUCGACAUGGGAGGACCCAAGGCAGCGCGGGAGGCCAUCGCGCUCAUCAAGGUCGCGGCACCUCAGAUGGCAGUCUGGGUCACCGACAGAGCCAUGCAGCAGGUGCAUGGAGCCGCAGGCUUCUGCGACGACUUUCCUCUCUCCUUCCUCUACGCUCAGGCGCGAACCCUCCAGAUGGCCGACGGACCUGACGAGGUUCACUUGGAAAGCAUCGCAAGGAUGGAGCUCAACAAGCACAAACAAGACUAG